AUGAACACUGAUUCCCUCCCAGAAGCUUUAAUGAUCAGUUUUUAUUCAAUUGAAACGCAUAACAGCUGGGAGCCUGAGGAGAACAUUCUGGACCCGAGGCUGCUGGCGGCGUUUCAUAAGAGGGAACAGGAACGGGAACUUCUGUUUCAGAAGAAAGGGAAGCGUCCCAGAGGACGGCCCCGGAAGAUUCUGCCUCCUCCUACUGCCACCAAGGACAGCCGUUCCUCCUCCUCCUCCUCCUCCUCUGGCCUCUCGUCUGAGCCCUCCUCUUCCUCAGAGGAUGAAGACCACAUCAAGAAGUCCAAGCCGAGUCCCCGGGUCCACCCCGUCCCCCAGAAAAGGCCUCAGAUCCUGUUGGCCAAGCCUGAUCCGCCCCGGAAGAAAAAGCGAGGGAGGAAGCCGCUGCACCCGGACCUGAAGGCUCUACGGCAGGGGAAGAGCCUUCCUCCUCCUCCUCCUCCUCCUCCACGCCAUCACCAGCCAAUCAGGUCGCCCAGAGACGACCUGCGGCCCGGCGUGAAGAAGCCUCUGCAGCCGGCCAGUUUCACCUACCCUGGGCUCAGUCGGAGCUCCAGAGAGGAAGGAAGCUCCUCCUCCUUCUCUCAGAGCUCCGCCUCCAAACCCGGAUCCCUCAGCUGCAUCUGGACCGGCCGCUCCCUCUCUUCCUCGUCCUCCUCCUCUUCCUCUCACAACAAAGGCGGCGCGUCGCAGAAGCCCUCCGAGCUCCGGCGCUCCUUCUCAGAAACGGGGAGCAGCAGAGCGGAGGCCUUUAAAGCGUCUCCUGUGAAAUCUGCCGGCGGUUUGGCGCCCUCUGGUCUGCACAGCGGCUUCGGAGGACAUCCAAUCGCAGCACAGCGCCCCCAGCUGGCCCACAGGAGGCAGGACGGUCAGACGGGCCCUGUUCAACACAAGCAGAACUCCGGUUUCUCCAAACAGAACCCGUCUACCAAAGAGCGACCCAGCCAGGCGCUGAACCUACGAGCGCUCAACCUACAGAGCGUCGGCAAGCUGCCGGCCGCUGGCGGCCUGCAGGGCGGCGCCGCGGCCGGAGGGCAGCGCUCUGGGCCGGCGCUGGAGUCUGGGCGGAGCAGGUCGCAGCCGUCCGCGGCCGGCAGACAAGAGGAGCGCAAACACGGGCUGAGCCUGACCGAGCUCAGCACCGGGGAUUCCGACGACACCAGCAGCAGCGAGUCGGAACACGACGCCCCGUCGCUGCCUGACGACAGCAGGCCUGGCGUCGGCGGCAACGCCACCGAGUCGGACACAGAAACGGACUGGAGGCCGGCCCGCAGCCUCAUGGAGCACGUCUUUGUGACGGACGUCACGGCCAACUUCAUCACGGUGACGGUGAAGGAGUCUCCAACCAGCGUCGGGUUCUUCAGCUCCCGCAAUCACUGACGGAGCCAAGAGGUCCUCGCUCAGCGCCGGGUUCUGGCAGCAGAACCGCUGUUGGAUCUCUGCAGCGAAGAUGAACCCUGAAACCUACUGGUGUUAGUCAGACCGCAGGACGCCGCCGCUCACCGAGGCUUGGUGGGUUUCUGUUGGACCUACGCAGCUGGAGGUUCUGGUUCCUGACGUGCUGCAGCGUCAGGACGUUUGAUCAGGAGAGGAAAGAAGAGGCUCCAGCUCCGCCGAUGGUUCUGCUCAGCUGGGUUCCCACUGAAUCCCUGUGGACACGCUAACGGCUGUCUGGGUCGGAUCCGUCUGUGGGCGUUCUCUCUGACC